AUGGUUUACCCUGAACCUUGGUGCAUGCCUAGGAUAUUCACUGCCGGUAUAGCUGCCUUCUAUGAAGGUUAUUAUGCAAAUAAGGGAAUUGGUAUCAUCAAGGGCACUGUAGCCGUUGGAUUCCUAUGCCACUGGCGGACCAACACAACUUAUUUCAACAAGAGAUUUUGGGGGCAAUGGCAACAGGUGCGACGAGGAAAUCGCAUAGUUUCAGGUCCAUUAAAGCUCUGCCAUCAACCGGAGCCUCUUCCACUGGAAUCUCUUUGGGGUGUAUCUAUCAUAAACUCGUCACUUGAGGCAACAACCGAGAAUCUCCCUCCAAAUGUCAUUAAACAGCUUGCAAAGGAGCUGAAGAAUCUUGAUGAAACCCCUCCGGAGGGCAUUAAAGUUGGGGUGAACGAGGAUAAUUUUUCGGUUAUAUAUACUGAUAUUGAUGGCCCAACUCGAACGCCAUAUGAAGAUGGGUUUUCUCGCAUGAAGGUGAUAUUAUCUCAUGAUUUUCCACAUUCUCCACCUAACAGUUUGUGUUAUCUCAUGAUUUUCCACAUUCUCCACCCAACGGUUUGUGACAUACUGUAG